UAUAGUCUGAAAAGAUGACUAAGUAUAGAGUCAGAUAGUAAAGAUAAGUGUAAAAUCAGUUUUUUUUUUACUCCACAUGAAAAAUAUAUAAUAAAAAUGGUCUAAAAGUUAAGCUAAGAAUCUGUAAUGAUGAAAUUGUGAUAUUUAACCUCUAAGGUUUUAUUAUUUUGAUUAUUUAAAAUCGAUCGUUUUUAAAAAAUUGCAAGUACAGAUACCUAAAGUUCGUGAUAUUAUUCACCUUUAAAAAUAUAUUCCUUGUCAUACGUGUUAAAAUAAUUUUAAUUCUCUUAAAAGUCACGUAGCAUUCAAUUAAUAAAAUUACACUAUUAAAUAUUCAAAAUGUUUUCAAGUGGACCGAAUUACACAAAGUUAAAAACACAUCUUAGAUUAGCUAUAAACAGGUUGAAGCUAUUAGAAAAAAAGAAAACCGAGUUAGCUCAAAAAGCAAGAAAAGAAAUUGCUGAUUAUAUUGCAAGUGGAAAAGUUGAGAGAGCAAAAAUUCGAGUAGAACAUAUUAUCCGAGAAGAUUAUAUGGUCGAAGCUAUGGAAUUAUUAGAAAUGUAUUGUGAUUUAUUGUUAGCUAGAUUUGGGCUAAUCCAACAAAUGAAAAACUUAGAUGAAGGACUAGCAGAAGCUAUUUCAACUAUUCUUUGGGCAGCACCAAGGAUUCAAACUGAUGUUCAAGAAAUGAAAGUAAUAUCUGAUAUUCUUACAUCUAAGUAUGGAAGACAAUACAUGGAAGCUUGUAGAGAUGAAACAGUUCCGUCAAUUUCUGAAAAAUUAAAACACAAAAUAAGCAUACAAACACCAUCAAAAAUUUUAGUUGAAAAAUAUUUAAUAGAAAUAGCUAAAAAUUAUAAUAUCGAGUAUGAACCAGAUCCUCAAGUAAUGGCAGAAGCUCAAGAUGCUUUAUUGAUUGAUAUUGGAAAUAAUGGUGGUGAAUUGCCAAACAACUUGGAGUUAGCAAGUGGAGGGGUACCUCAACCAGCUGGAUUUAUAGGGUUUCCACAACCACCAUUGCUACCUAAUAUUCCACCCAACAUGAACAAUGUAAAUAGUGGUGAAAAGCCUAAUGUACCAGCAAUGGGAUUUAUUUCUCCUGGAGCACCAUUAAUGCCCGAAAAAGAUCAAAAUGUGCCUUUUAAUCCAGCUGCUCUUUCGUAUAACAUUCCGUUGGAUAAUGCAAAUACUAAUAACGGAAAUAAACUUGAGGAUGAGUUACCGCCUCCAUAUAGUUCAUUUCCGCCUGAUUUAAAUAAACAAUCUGAUUUCAAACCCAAACCGCAACCAAGAUCAAAAAUGCCAAAUGAUUUUCAGUUGCCUGAAUUGCCAACGGUUCCCACUGAAAAUGAACCAUCAGAAAAUUCUGGUGAAAAUGAUGAUAUCGAUUUCAAUGAUCUUAUGAAGCGUUUUGAAAAUUUGAAAAAACGAAAAUAAUAGAAAUAAAUAUUAUCAUUUUUUUUUGCAAAUCUACCAGCUUUUCUAACAAAUUAAAUACUAAUUCAAUUUAAUCUAUAUUUUUAAUACUACCUAUGUUUAGCUUUAAUUUUUAUUAGACUAUAUUUUAUAAUAAUCAUGAUGAAACUAGUAAUUAUUAUAUUAUUUUCUAAA